AUGACCUCACGCAACCCCUCGUACCUCAUUGUUGGCGCCGGCGUCUUUGGCGUCUCAACUGCCUAUCAUCUUAUUCAGAAGUAUCCCAAUGCAUCGGUAACUCUAGUGGACCGAGAUUCAUACGACGCCGAGUCUCGUGUGGCUGCUUCAUGGGAUUGGAACAAGGUUGUCCGCGCCGACUACGAUGAUAAGAUCUACUGCAGACUGGCUCUAGAAGCUCAGGACAUUUUCAAGUCGGAUCCCCUUUGGCAGCCAUAUUUCCACCAGACUGGCGUCUACUGGACGUGCCGCAGUAGCUAUGCGCAAACCGUCAUCACCAACCACAAGGAGCUCGGCCGCAACGACGACAUCAUCGCCCUGCCUGUCGCGGAGGCCCGAAAGCUUUACGGCGGGCUUUUUGACAAUGCUGACUACACCGGUGUGAAGGAGGUUCUGAUUAACAGGGCCAGUGGUUGGGCUGCCGCUGGAGAUGCUCUUCGAGCAGUCACCAAAAGGUGUCUUGAAUUGGGCGUCAAGUACGUGACUGCUGACGUUGCCACGCUGAAAUUCGAUGGUCGCGGUUCUUGCACCGGUGUCAAGACGAAAUCGGGACAAACUUUGUCGGCCACGCAUGUUAUCGUCGCUGCUGGCGCUUUCACACCAACAUUGCUGGAGUGGUCCGCUGCGGCGAGCGGCAAUGCCGGCCUCCGAGCUGAAGAGCGAAUUCUGGCCGCUGGUAUUACGACAGGAAUGGCACAGCUCAAUAAGGAGCAGUACAAGAAGUUCAAAGACAUGCCCGUUGGCUUCCAGGGCUACACCCCCAAUGAGGGCAAGCCCUUCAUUGGUACCCUUCCUCCUACUGCAGACGGAGAGCUGAAGUGGUGGGGUUCUAAGAUUUUCACAAACACUCGAGAAGUGCUACCUGGCCGUCAUAUCUCCUCACCCCCUCCUAAAUCCGAUUACAACCAGUGGAAUGUUCCUGGGCCACUUAGGCAGGACAUUGUCGAGUCCAGGAAUCUAUGGUAUGGGCCUGAGAGCGCAGAUUGGCAGAUGACGAAACACCGGAUUUGCUGGGACGCUUUCACCACUACCUCUGAUUUCAUCAUUUCUCCUCACUCCGCCUCAAAGGGUCUCUACGUCGCAAGUUGCGGUUCGUUCCAUGGCUACAAGUUCUUCCCCGUGCUGGGCAAAUACAUCGUACAAAUGCUUGAGGGCGAGUUGGAGCCCGAAUUGGUAGAGAAAUGGGCCUGGGACCGAGAGCGACCUGAUUCGUCUCAAAACGUCGAGUAUCCAAACGCUGAGAUGAAGCAUCUCUUGCAGCCUGUAUCGAAGCUGUAG